AUGAGCUCAUCUGAUUCUUCGUCGACGGUUUCUUGUUCUCACACAGGAAGACAGACCGUUGGCAUCCCCACUCGUUGUUGGUGUGGAUCAAAGCUGACUAUAUUCGGCGCUUCAACGAAGGAGAAUCUUUUCCGCAGGUUUCAUUGUUGUGGAAUCGGCGUCAAGAGGAAAACAGAGCAGCACUUGUUCAAAUGGGUUGACGAGGCCAUUGUUGACAAGAUUAGCAUUGUGGAUGCUAAACAUUGUCACCUAAAGGCAGAUGUGGACUCUUUUAAGAGUUACACAACACAAACUUUGGAAAAGCAGGCAAAGCACCUUGAUGAUGCCCUCAUACAAAUCAAAAGGCUCCUGGAUGACCAAACUGCUCGAUCUGGGACUAACAACAACUCAAUUUCGGGCACAGAUGAUACUUUGACGGCAAAAAACCUCGCCCCCUCUGGAAUGAAGCCAAAGUCACCAGUGAUCACCAUAGCAGCUGCAGCAAUCGCACUAGGAACAAUGGCAUGGCUGUACACCAAGCUCAGUACCUAA